AUGGGUAUAGAAAUAAGCAUAGAUGAUUUCUUAAGAGAAGGCUAUGGAGUGGCUGCUAAUUGCUCUCUGCGUGUGAAGAGACCUCUGUUGGAUCCCCGUUUCGAGGGUUACAAGCUCUCCCUCAAGCCGCUGCCCUGCUACCAGCUGGAGCUUGAUGCAGCCGUGGCAGAAGUAAAACUUCGAGAUGAUCAAUAUACACUGGAACACAUGCAUGCUUUUGGAAUGUAUAAUUACUUACACUGUGAUUCAUGGUAUCAAGACAGUGUCUACUACAUUGAUAACCUUGGAAGAGUUAUGAAUUUAACAGUGAUGCUGGACACUGCUUUAGGAAAACCACGAGAAGUGUUUCAACUUCCCACAGAUUUGACAGCAUACGACAGUCGUCUUUGUGCAUCUAUCCAUUUCACAUCUUCUACCUGGGUUACCUUGUCAGGUGGAACUGGACGAUUAUAUCUCAUUGGUACAGGUGAACGUGGAAAUAGUGCUUCUGAAAAAUGGGAGAUUAUGUUUAAUGAAGAGCUUGGCAAUCCUUUUAUCAUAAUUCACAGUGUCUCACUGCUGAAUGCUGAAGAACAUUCAGUAACUAUCUUACUUCUUCGAAUAGAGAAAGAGGAAUUGGAUAUGAAAGGAAGUGGAUUCUGUGUUUCUUUGGAGUGGGUCACUAUCAGAAAAAACAAAGAUAAUAACAAAUACGAAAUUAUUAAACGUGAUAUUCUCCGUGGAAAGUCAGUACCACAUUAUGCUGCUAUUGAGCCUGAUGGGAAGGGUCUGAUGAUUGUCUCCUACAGGUCCUUCACAUUUGUUCAUGUUGGUCAAGAUCUUGAAGAAAAUAAGAAUGAGAACAUGUCAGAGAAAAUCGAAGAACCUCUGUAUUACUGGCAACAGACUAAAGAUGAUUUGACAGUAACAAUACGGCUUCCAGAAGGCAGUUCUAAGGAGGACAUUCAAGUACAGUUUUUGCCUGAUCACAUCAACAUUGUGCUGAAGGCUCAGAGGUUUCUGGAAGGAAAUCUCUAUUCAUCUAUUGAUCAAGAAAGCAGUACAUGGGUAAUUAAAGAGAAUAAUUGCUUGGAGAUUUUCUUGAUUAAAAAGAAUGAAGGACUAACAUGGCCAGAGCUAGUGGUCGGUGAAAAGCAAGGAGAGUUUAUAAGAGACUCAGCCCAGUGUGCUGCAAUAGCUAAACGUUUAAUGCAUUUGACCUCUGAAGAACUGAAUCCAAAUCCAGAUAAAGAAAAACCUCCUUGUAGUGCUCAAGAGUUAGAAGAAUGUGACAUUUUCUUUGAAGAGAGCUCCAGUUUAUGCAGAUUUGAUGGCAGUACAUUAAAAACUACCCAUGUGGUGAAUCUUGGAACCAGCACCUUUUCUCUGUCAUGCCAUGAUGUUGAUGCCCUACUCUGGCAACCACACUCCAGCAAACAAGAUGAUAUGUGGGAACAUAUUGCAACUUUCAAUGCUUUAGGCUACGUCCAAGCAUCAAAGAGAGACAAAAAAUUUUUUGCCUGGGCUCCCAAUUACUCCUAUGCAGCCCUAUGCGAAUGCCUUCGUCGAGUAUUCAUCUACCGUCAGCCUACUCCCAUGUCCACUGUACUUUACAAAAGAAAGGAAGGCAGGCAAAUAGGACAAAUUGCUAAGCAGCAAGUAGCAAGCCUAGAAACCAAUGAUCCUAUUUUAGGCUUUCAAGCAACAAAUGAGAGAUUAUUUGUUCUCACUACCAAAAACCUCUUUUUAAUAAAAGUAAAUACAGAGAAUUGA